AUGUAUAUGAGAGAAGUGGGCCCAGCCACCCAGGGCGUCGAUGGCCGCUCACGUGAAUUGGACGCGUUGCAGAAGCACCUCUGCAGUCCAGAUCCUGGCCGGUUCCAGGAGGCCCUCGACUUGAUGGAGCGGCUUGGUCACGAGGGGUUGGGGCUCCAGUCUACUCCAGUGUCGCGAGCACUGGCACAUCGCACAAACACAGAGUACGACAAGACACACUCUCUUUUCGACUGCAGUGAUGUCACCAGCGUGGACACGUGUGGCCAAUUCAGAGACACGGAUCGCGACUCCGAUCUUGACGAGACGGCCUCUCUCAUGGAGUGUGGCGAGGCCAUGCAUGCAAACCUGGACUCGUCUGGGCCGGGCCCUGGUGGCUCGCCCAGCCAGUUCAACCUCUACGAAUUUCUCGAUGGCAUCCAAACUCGCCAUGUCACCAUCUCCUCGAAGUUCCAGGAAACGCACGCUAAGCUCGAUGUUCUCCGGCACCAAAACAGGCUCGAUGCAGACUUGCUUGCCAAGCUCUCUGCCAACAACGAACUCAUGCACGAGAAAAUACACGGCCUCAAGACAGAGGUCUCCGACAUGUUCCACGACCUCCAUCUUCUCAAGACUUCGCGAGAGCGGGGAGGCCCGCCUGGCUGCCGGCCCAAUCCCACAUAUACUCUUGCCUACACCUCUUUGCCUGAUCGCUGCACUACAAUCAGUGACAUGGCCAAGACAGACUCCACGACUGUGGACACACAUUUCUGUUUUAUCGCCGACUCAGAGGAAAACGAUAGAGGAAAGGCAGCCCCUAUCAUGCAUUGCCAUGGUGUGUCAAAACACCCAGUAGCUUCACAAAGCGCAUCACCGCACUCGGGCACCCUCAGCACCCAGAUGGACGAAACAACACAAAUACACUCUAUUCAAUUCGAUAAGGCCCCGGUCGGCCCCAACAUGAUGCCUAAAUAUGCGAAGGAAAUGCUGGCGCUAUUUGUGCUUUUGCUCGCAUUCUGGCUUGCCCUCAGCUGGCACUGGACACACUAUACAUGGGAUAUCAAGUGGAUGCAAAAAUACGACUAA